UAUUUCACCUUUAUUUAACCAGGUAGGCCAGUUGAGCACAAGUUGCCAUUGUACUCUCCUGUAAGCUGACUUACAGGGGUUACAUGACAGGUUUGGCAGUGGCAUGACAUUGGAGAGUGAUACUGAGGUCAGGCAUACAGGUACACAACAUGCUAAACAUGGAAUCAGUUGACUGACCUGGCAGGGGUAUGUACUGUACCACACUUAAAUCUACACUGUGAUCCACACAUGAGCCAAGAUGCUAGCUAUGAUUUACCUCAGGGGGUCACAGCUAUAGAACUGGAGGGCCACAGCCUAGGGUGGUUUUCCUACCUGCUCAUUGUCAUCCUUAGAGAAAGUUUUCUACCAGGUGAAUGGGUUCUUUCACCAAUCAGUGUGUGUGUGUUUUAGUGUGUCAGGAGACGGUGUGGGAAGCCUUCAAGAUUUUCUGGGACCGCCUCCCGAACCAGGAGGAGUACCAGACCUGGAUGAGGCGGUGCCUGGACGGCACAACCACCGCUCUGGACAUGGGCAACAACUUCAGCCAAUCAGAGGAGCACCUGGCUCUGGUUGAGAGUAGAAUGUCAGUGACGGAGUUAAAAAGGCAAGGCAUCAUAUCCUGUUCACUUUAUUUGCCAUUGUAACCACUCUUUGUGCGUAUUCACUGGGCAAGACCCUUGUAUUUAUUACAUGUCUCAUUCAUUUCCCCAUUGCUGUUUUCUCUACUUCUGUUCUAUCAACUGUAGUGAUGCCACCAACUCAUGGUUACAUAUGUGCAGCACCCAGACUCCAGACACAGAACAGGAGGCUCAAGAGGUCGUCGGUGAGGUCCUCAUAGAGGAGCCAGAGGCUGCGGAGGCGGGGCCUUCCAAAGAACCCACAAAUGACAUAGAGAUGGAUGUGUUGGCGCGGGUCCAUCUGGAGCAGGUGGUGGAGCUGAGUAUCCUGCUGAAGGGAGAGAGGUACAGCGAUGCUCUCAGAGACCCUGCCAGUCUCCAGUACCAGACACUCAACCAGCAGUUCACUGACAAGAUAAAGGAUGCUGUGGGGGGACUGCCAGGCUUUAAGAGUGUGGCUGUGCUGCAGUUCAGGCUUCAGAAGGAUGCCCAAGGGUUGGAUGGUGUGGUGGUGGUCUAUGCGGUGACAGUGGAGGUGGAAGGGGAGGGGGUGAGCAGUGACCAGCUGGACUACCUGACCCUGCAGUCCAAUCUGGUGGAGAACUCCUACAGAGAGGUGAAGGAGAGGAACUACAUCACUGAGGCCCAGCACAAGGACAACAUUAUCAGUGAUACAACUCUGGUCCUGGACCCUGACUCACUGCAACUAUAUACUGUGUCCAGUGUUACGGAGUCCUUUGAGCCCACCCAUGGAAUACCCGAGGAUUACACCAACGGCAGUGUGGAGGACAUUUUGGCUGUUGAGAUGACUCCAACCGAAGUUGAAGCACAGGAUGUAGCGACGGGGGAGAAUGAUGUCAUUGUUGUAGAGGAGAACAUGACCCUCCCCACUGAGGUGACCAUCGAUGACACAAGCAUCGAGGAGGAGGUUCUGCUGUUGGGGAACACCGUGUCUACAGAGAGCCCUUUGUUGGAGGACCUCCCUACAGACCCUACCUCCCCUGAGCAGCCAAAGGGUGCUACGCUCCCCGAGCCUCCUCUGGAGAUUGAGGCCUCUGGUUCAGGUCUUAAAGUACUGAAGGACUUGCACUUCCAGCCUGAGGAAGAAGAAGCCAUAGAAGAAGAGCCAGCUCCAGAAGAGGAACUGACCAUAGAAGAAAAGGUAGUUCCGGAAGAGGUAAUCAUCGAGGAAGAUGUCCAAACAGAGGAAGCAGAAGUGGUGGUCUCCGAGGAAGAUAAGGUAGAGGAGGAAGCUGGAGCCUCUGAAGACCUAGAGUACUCCAUCAUAGAGACGGAGACCAUUGAAGAGGUUGAGGAAGAGGCCCCUGCCUUCGUCCCUGUGGAAAUGAUGGAAGCUCCCGAGCCAGUAGGGGGCCUCGGUGUCCCCGAGAAUCCCCUUGCCAUUGCGACUCUGCCCCCAGAUGAACCUGAAGAGGAGACUAACGUGGUGCUGGCUUAUCCAGAAAUACCUGAAUAUGGAGAGGAAAUUGAGAGCUUAGAGGGACCAAUCAUUGAGAAGCCAUUAACUAAAGUGGAUGCUGUGGAAGUGGAGGAAGAGGUGGCAGAAGAAGUGGUCGUUGAAGUUCCGGACAUUUCUGAGAUCUCGGAGGAGGACUUGGUAGAAGACGAGAUCUUAUUGGUCGAUGAGGCUGCUCCGGACGCCACCCACACCACCCCUCUCUCUGCGGAGAAAGAGUCACCCUUCACCCGAGUCUCUGAUUUCAUAGUAUUGGAGGAGGUUACAGAGGCCACAGCCCUGGACACAGCCCCAGAACCAGAGGCAGAACAGGAGGACCAAGGGGUCACCCCAGCUCUCAUACCCGCCGAGUACCACCCUGAUCCCGACAUUUCUAUCACUCUGGAGCUGCAGACGAUCGACCCUGUGACAGACUAUGACCUGGUCCACUUCGGCGGGACAAACCAAACAGAGGAAGGGAGCAGUGGGUACCCUUCUGGAGUGGUAAAUGGUACAGACCACAGCAUUGCCAUGCCAAUCAACCCUGGGCGGGCUCUGAUGGUGUUCUUCAGGCUGAGGGUCACCAACAUGAUGUUCUCAGAUGACCUCUUCAAUAAGAGCUCCGCAGAAUACAAGGCCCUAGAACAAAGGUUCCUCGAGCUGCUGGUCCCCUACCUCCAGUCCAACCUUACUAACUUCCAGAAUCUGGAGAUCCUGAACUUCCGGAAUGGGAGUAUCGUGGUCAACAGCCGGAUGAAGUUCGGGAGGCCGAUGCCUCGCGGCGUCAACAAUGCAGUCUACUUGAUCCUGGAAGACUUCGCUAACACAGCCUACCAAACUAUGAACCUGGCCAUCGACAAGUACUCACUGGAUGUAGAGUCAGGUGACCAGGCCAACCCCUGUAAGUUCCAGGCGUGUAAUGAGUUUGCCCAGUGCUCUGUGAACCGCUGGUCUAGCGAGGCGGAGUGUGUGUGUAAUGCUGGCUACUUCAGCGUGGAAGGUCUGCCCUGUCAGAGCAUCUGUGAACUGCAGACAGACUUCUGUAUGAACGACGGGAAGUGUGACAUCAUACCUGGACAGGGGGCCAUCUGCAGAUGUCGUGUAGGGGAGAACUGGUGGUACCGUGGAGAACACUGUGAGGAGUAUGUGUCAGAACCUCUGGUGGUCGGCAUAGCGAUAGCCUCUGUAGCAGGUUUCCUAUUGGUGGCAUCUGGUGUGAUCUUCUUCCUGGCGAGGACACUACGGGAUCAGUACGAUAAGGAUGAGGCUGAGGACCCCAUACGGCGAGGGGAGAGUAUCCCGUCUCUAGAGAGGGCCACUAAGUACAACCCCAUGUAUGAGAGUGAGGCCACGACGGGCUACAGCCACUACUACCGCCGCUACCCAGAAGCCCCGGUCUACAGCAGCGCCAGCGCCGAGGCCUCCACAGACUUCAGCAGUGAGGAGAUACGCCACAUCUACGAGAACAGCGAACUGACCAAGGAGGAAAUCCAGGACAGGAUACGCAUCAUCGAACUCUAUGCGAAGGACCGGCAGUUUGCAGACUUUGUGCGGCAGCAUCAAACUGCCCUGGAUACACGCAGACAGAGCACCCUUGAUAAACGCAGAGAGAGCACGUCCACGUAGCCCAGUAUGGGACACUCAGCUGUAUGCUGGACAACAAGGAAGGAGUUGGAGUUUGUUUUCUGUAGGGAAAAAAAGUAUUACAAGAGAGAGGGAGAGUGGGAGAGGGGGAGAGAUUUUGCUGAAGGACCAAAAUAUAAGUGAAAACACAUUUUGAAUGGAAACAAUCUUCAAGGGGAUUUGAUCAGGCAGUCUGUUUCCAGAUAUGUGUUAGAAAACAUUCAAGAAAGUACAUCAAAUGUACAUGCGUAAACAACAUGUGCUCUGUGGAUAAGCAAACUCUUAGCAGCGGCUUUUAAAUCAAAUAAAAAUGAACCAGAAACGUGAAAAUGGUCCAUUCUGUAACCACUAGUUUGGAAACCAUCCUUGCUUUACCCUGUACGUAUUUCACAUGAAGAGGACUGGUUUCCAGUGAAUCCUCAAAGUUGCAUUUCCUCCUGCUGUAGGUUUACUUUUCCACAUUUGUUUUGACUGUGAAUAGUCAUAGGAAAUCAUAAGAAUACACAGGUUGAACUCAAAUGCCAACAUAUUCCCUAUAGUGCACUACUUGCCUAAAGUAGUGCACUAUACAGAUUAAAGUGUCCAUUUGAGAUGUGCCCACAGACAUUUAAGAUGUUUCCUGAUUUAGGUUUACAUUUCAUGUUAUCCUGUCCUUUUCUCUCAGGCUCCUGUAUGGCUCCACACAAGCGAGAACACGGGUUACUGUGGUUGAACACAAGCUUACCUUCCACUUAUGAUAUCGUCAUGCCUUUUUCAAUCUGUGUGUUCGUUUUCAUACACAUUUUCUGGUGUGCAUAAACUGGUUUUCUCAACAUUCUCUUCCUUCAUCGGGACUCAUAGCCAAUGGGAUGGAUCCAGAACGCUGUCAUGUAAAUACUAUCCGAGUAUUGUGGUAUGUUCUUUACACUAGAAUGUCAACGGAAUGCGCUUGACAUGUUGACAUGUUUUGUUGUACAAAAUGAUGAUUAUUUUUUAACGUAAGCACUGGUGGAUAUUUAAACAAAUAUUACAUUACUACUUGCAGUUAUGUCAAUGUUUAUUCUUAAAAUGAAGCAAUAAAUAAAAAGACCCGUUUUCUAC